AGUGUUAAAUUUUAAUACAAAUUUAGUGUUAGAGUUCAACACAAAUAGUCUGUGUUAAAUAUUUUACGGACCGUUUUUAACACAAUAUUUUUUAAUGACGAUUUAUUUUAUUUUACAAUAAAUAAUUUUUAUGUUCAUGUACUGAGAGUUAGCAGCCACCAUGUCAUCUCGACUCAGCUGACGACCACUUUAACGAAUUUUUAACCCUUAACUGAUCAUCUCUGUGCGAUUUUCAACAUCUUGAUAAAUACACUAAUAUACUAAGGAUACAAGGAAAAUUCAAAAUUUACUUCGCUGGAUUUUUUUACAUUCAAAUUUAUUAAUCGUUACAUGAUUUAAUCAUUUGGCUUGAGCAAAUAAUAGAGGAAGAAAAAAAAUGGAAGUUUAUACUUUCGACAAAAGUUUACAAGAACGUACUGUUGAAUUUACGGAAAUAUUAUCAAGCCGCGAGACAAUAGUUCCAGCAUCUCGAAUUAAAUCAGAAUGGUCUUAUCACGUUGAGUUAGUGAUUGAACCAGUUGGCUGGCAAGCAUUGUGGAAAAUUCCUCGACUCACUUGCCAAGAUUUUCAGAUUCAUUAUCCCACUGUUGUUGUCGUAUUAGCAGAGCAAGUUAAUUAUUCAGAGCUGACUGUUUUAAUAAAAAUAAUAGCAGUCCAAGAUGAAAUUCAUUUACCAGAAAAAUACGAAGUGCCUUUAAUUGAAUUGUAUCCAACUAAAAAUCAAGAUAACAAUGCACUGGAUGUUGUAGGAACCGCUCAUUGUAUUGACCAAUUAAGAUUUUUUUAUAAUUAUCUAUGGAUGCCUUGGGAUUUUGAUGAUGAUGACAACGUCGACUGGGUGACGCUUCAUUUAGAAACUCGAUUGCGACUAUUUUUUGAUAUUAAACGCAAUAAUGUAAAUAAAGAAACUGCUGAUAUAAUAAGGACUUUAAUAAAGGAGGCUAAAGAUAUUUUUGAUAAAAUAUCGAGAUUAGAAGCAGACAUUUCCGAUGAAGAUGAAGAUGAUGAAGAAAAAGAAGAUACUAAGUGCUUAGUAGAUGAAGGAAAAACUUGUCAACUUAUGAAACUUCAUUUUAGAAUGCAACAAAUUAAAGCGGAAAUGGAAGUACUGGAAAAUCCUGCAAUGAGGGCUGUGCUGCAGAGGAAUCCUGACACAAACAUUUCAAAUAUUCAAAUUAAAAGAAGAAAAAGUCGAGACAAAAAACUGGAGGCUUUUGUGGUAUGGCAAGGAGGAUCGUUAGAGGAUACAAUCACGUGUUUGAAAAAAAUUGAAAAUUUUUUGUCAAAAGAUACAUUUAUCAAAAUUACGGGAUACAUGCAAGAAGCAUUGGAUGCUUCUGAGACAAAUGAUAAAAUAUUUAUCGGGGAAGGAGAACAUUUUAUUGCUGGAGCUGGAGGUUUGGAGAAUGGAGGGUCCAUCAAAGGUAUUGGCAAUUAUGAAAAUACUAUUAUUUGUGCCAAAGAAAACUCAUGUAGUUCAUCAUUAUUAGAUUUUUCUGGAGAAGAGGUACUCUUAGAUAAUGUUACUGUUGAUCUUGGCGAGCUUCAAGUGGGAAUUUUAGUUAGGAAAGGCCUCGUCAAAUUGACUGGUUGUAAAAUAUUUGCAUCUAAUCAAAGUGUGAUGAAACUAGGAAUCGUUGUGUUGCCUAAUAGUAAACUUAUUGUUGAGAAUACAGUAUUUGUAAAUCUUGGAACAGCAGUCGUUGUUCAUGCCGCCGGAGAUAUUACUUUGAAAGAAUGUAAAUUUGAAAAAUGCAUGGAAGGCAUUCAACUGCAGGAUGAAGCGCGGGUACGCCUCACAGAUUGCUAUUUAUCGGGUUUUAUAGAGUACGGCAUUCGUUUAGAAACCCAAAAAUAUCUUACAAGUGCGGAAGGGAAAAGUGGCAGCGUAAAUCUCUUGAUGAAUGUUACAGAAAUAUCCUUGGAAGGCUGUACUUUAGAAAAUAAUAAACAAGGAGAUGUGUUAUUAAAGCCGCGACUAAUUACUACCGUAGCAUCAAAAAAUGAAAACCAAAUGGAAAUAUGAAUCUUCAGGAACUGUUAAUUUUAUGGAUUUUAUUAUUUUUAAAAAACCAAUGCAACAAUAUUUUUAAUUAUUUUAAACAAAAAUGACUUGAUGUUGAUUCGCAGUUUUUUAGUUUACUCAGUAUAAUUUGUAAUUUAAAUGUAUGUUUUUUUUUAAACAGUAAAGUUUUUCUAUUGGUAAUAAAACGUAUCAUUGAGAGCGGAAGCAGACUGAUAAUGUUUUAAUUAA